AUGGAUUCGAACACACAAUCAACAACAAACUUCAUUCCACAGCGUGAUUUAAGAUCCAGCACUUCAUCAACAAUAACAAUUCAAACUCCAGUGUCAAAUACAAAUAAGAAUCUUCAUCAUGUUAAUGCUAGUUCAAAAUCAACAACAACAAGUCCUACUCUGAAUAGAAAAAUUGUAAAACCCAUUUUAAGAAGAAGUAAUUCUGCCAAAACUCCAUCAAAUUCCUCAAAAGCAAAGAAAAAAUCGACUUUAUCUCGAAACAAUGACACGAAUCGAUCGGAUGAACCAAGUGAUUCUAUGGAUCAAGAUACCACAGAAAGAACAACAGUAUCAUUUGAUGACGUUGAAAUAAUUUCAGAUCCAAUCGUAAAUAAUCAUCCAGUAAAUCAAAAUGAAACAGAUCAAUUGUUAAACUGUAGUAUUGAAACUGUUGAUGAAACACAUGAAGUAAAGCGAACAACAACAGCAACAAAAUGUGAUAUUUUUAAUUAUUUUACAAGACAACCAGAUGGUUCUUUUAAAUGUAUUUUGUGUAAAAAUUCAAAUAAAGUUUUUAGUAAAAUGAAUGAAACUUCGGAUACUAAUUUGCGAAGUCAUUUGGGUAAGAUGCAUCAAAUGAUCGAAUUUCUUUAUCCAUCUCAAAAAAACCAAAUACAGCCAAAAUCGAAAUUAAUAUCUAUUGAUGAAAAGAAAAAACUUGAUGAAGCUGCUAUUGAAGCUAUUGUUCAAGAUAGUCUUCCAUUCAAUCAUUUUCAAAAAUCAGGAAUGAAAAAAUUUUUAUCGGUCAUCAAAUAUGGUUAUCAAGGUCCUAAUAGAAAAACAGUUCGAAAACGUCUAGGAAUUUUAUAUCAACAACGUCGAGCAUUUAUCAAAAAACAACUGUCAUCUGUAUUACACAUUAGCUUAACAACCGAUGUAUGGAAAAGUCCAAAUAAUGAAUUUUUCAUUUGCUUGACUUGCCACAUCCUAACAUCAUCAUAUGUUAAUGAAUCCUUCAUUUUAUCAUUUCGACGAUUUGAUGAUAAACACACUGGUCAAAAAUUUAGAUCAUUUAUUGAUAAUGAACUUCGAAAAAUGAAUUUAAAAUUGAAAGUGUCUUCAAUAACAACUGACGGUGGUUCUGAUAUUAAGUCCGCUACAUUAGGUACUACAUUUGGUAUGCGAUUAUCGUGUGCAGCACACAAUCUGAAUUUGGUUGUGAAAAAUGCCUUAUGGUUAUUUAAUAAAACAAAAUCAAAAAAAUUUAAAUCUUCAUCAAAUACAACUGAUUCAAAACAAACUGAUAGUGACGAUGAUGAUGAUGAUGAAGCAAUAAGUGUUGAUGAUAAUGAAGAAGUACAUGAAGAUGUUAGUGACGAUGAUUAUGAUAGUGAUAUUUCUGAUCAACAUGAUUUUUCAAAGGAUGAUAGUACUUCCGAUAUAUUAUCUGAUGAAAAUGCAUCGGAUAUUAGUGAUAAUGAUGAAGUUGAAGACGACGAUGAAGAUUUAUCACCACUAAAUGGUAGCAAACAACGCCAAAAUGAUGAACAAACAACUAUUGGUAUUACUGCUAACCCCAGUGAUUUAUCGUUAAUCGUUUACAAUUUAUUACAACGUGUUAGAAGAUUAGUUAGAUUUAUUCGAAAAUCAAGUGUACUUUAUCGUUAUAUUCGAAAUCAAAUACGAUUAAAGAAUAUAGAAAUCGUUCGAUCUGCACAUGAACAAAACCUUAAACCAGUUAAACUAAACAAUGCUGUUUUGCACUUCCGUAUUCGAUGGAAUACAACUUAUACCAUGAUAUCACGGUUCAUUGCAUUAAGUUCUAUUAUUACUGAUAUCACAGUAUUACCUAGUAUUGAAAUUGGCUUGAAAAAAAAGCAAUAUGAAAAACUUCAACAGUUAUCAUUUUCUCGAUUUGAUUGGUCCAUAUUGGCAGCAUUAAAAAAUGUUUUAUUUCCAUUUUAUCGUGCAACAACACUGCUUUCAGGAUCAAAAUAUCCAACCCUGUCUAUUGCUUAUUCAGUUUCAACAGGAUUGAAAAAUUUUUUAACAAAAAGCAAAGAUGAUCAACCAUUAGAAAAUUCGUUGAAACAGUUGUUACUAGCUAAAUUUAGCUACUAUUUUGAGCAAGAAAUUAGUUGGGACCAAAAACGUGCAACUUUAAUUGCAGCUUUCUUAGAUCCAACAUCUUAUCAAUAUUUAACUGAUGAAGAUAUUGGUGAAUCUGAAAGAACACUUUUAUCAGAAUUUGAUGUUACCCAAUCAUUUGAUCGAUUACAAAUUGAUACUUCAGUAACAACGACGAUGUCAAUGUCAACAUCAACACCAUUAGGGCACCAACGUACUCAAAAUAGUACAACACCUCAAGAAAAAUUAACUUUGGAUGAAUUUUUUCGCAUGUGA